AUGUCACUUCACUUCAUAAGGAUUGGAGACAUCUUGAAAACAGAACAACUCUUUUUUUGCCAUCAGAACAAACCACAGGAUCAUCACCUUAAAAAAAGUAAAAUAAAUGUAUUUACUUACUUUUACAAUUACUGAAAUUAUGGCGGACUUCAGUAUUAAGUGUCCUUGAUGGAUUAUUAACUAAAGUGAACUAAUCUUUACAGCCUGCCUGAAAACAUCAGAGUAGACCAGACUCCUGCCAAAUGCUGAAGAUGUGCAGCAGUAGUAUCUCGUUGUUCUAGGUGAUAGUUGGAUUAUCAAAGUCGAAAACAGCAGAGGACUAAAACCCACUCUUUGGAUUUUUCUAUUCUGUUGAAGGUUUGAAGGGAAACUUUUAAUAUGUGAGUGCAGCUGAUUUACAUACAUCUCACAGUUGACUGAAAUGCACUUAAAAGUAUUUUUGUGGCUGUCUUUAAUGUGAGUUUUGGUUUUUGGUUCAUGUACAACUGGACUUGAGCACAAUUUCAGGAUAAACUAGAGGGAAGACCAUUAAACGUUAGCAAGAUUGCAUAAUAUAGAAAUCCUUCUGAAUCUCAGCAUUCUUAACAACAGUUCUGAGAGAAGUGUUGGUAAAAGGAAGCUCCUUCUGCUGAACUAACCAUGGUUGCUACAGGUGGCCCAGUAGCCACAUUCUCUGUGUGGGAUUACGUGGUGUUUGCUGGAACAAUUUUGGUGUCAGCUGGCGUCGGCCUUUUCCAGGCCAUCCGAGGCCGCAAGGAGACCAGCAGCGCUGAGUUCUUGCUGGGUGGACGGCAAAUGACAGCUGUGCCAGUUGCAAUGUCGCUCACAGCCAGCUUUAUGUCUGGCAUCACAGUCAUCGGCACACCAACUGAGGCCUACCGGUUUGGAGCUGCUUUCUGGCUCUUUGGCUUCUCCUAUGCCAUCAUGUCUGCCAUCACUGCUGAGGUCUUUGUCCCACUUUUCUACAGACUGGGGAUCACCAGCGCCUAUGAGUACCUGGAGAUGCGCUUCAGCAAGCCUAUUCGGAUAAUUGGAACAUCUAUGUACAUCGUUCAGACGGCCCUGUACACUGGUUUGGUCAUCUAUGCUCCAGCUCUUGCACUAAAUCAAAUCACAGGGCUUGAUCUAUGGGGAGUGCUGGUGGCUACAGGAGCAGUGUGCAUCCUCUACUGCACUUUGGGCGGUCUGAAAGCAGUAAUCUGGACAGACGUGAUGCAGAUGGUGACCAUGCUGGCAGGUUUUGUGGCUGUUAUAGCUAGAGGAGCUGUACUGCAGGGAGGCCUGACGAAGAUUUGGGAAGAUGCCGGCAAAGGAGGCCGACUAGAGGCAUUUGAUUUUGACCCAGAUCCUCUGAAGCGUCAUACUUUCUGGACUAUCAUAGUCGGUGGCAGCAUCAUGUGGGUGUCCAUCUACUCAAUCAACCAGUCCCAGGUGCAACGCUACAUAUCCUGCAAAACCUUGCGACAUGCCAAGAUGUCUUUGUAUGUGAACAUGGUUGGCUUAUGGGUAACCGUGAGUCUGGCCGUGUUUUCUGGCCUCACCAUGUACUCCAUUUACAAGAACUGUGAUCCAUUUACAAAUGGUGAUAUAAGCUCCCAAGACCAGCUGCUGCCCUACCUUGUGAUGGAUAUUCUGGCAGACUACCCUGGAAUCCCUGGCUUGUUUGUGGCUGCUGCAUACAGUGGUACCCUUAGCACAGUGUCUUCCAGCAUUAAUGCCCUUGUUGCUGUCACUGUGGAAGACUUUAUUCUUCCCGUGUGCAAAAACCUCACAGAGAAACAGGUCACCUGGAUGAACAUGGGCCUGAGUGUAUUCUUUGGUGCCCUGUGUAUUGGAAUGGCUGGAGUUGCUUCAUUGAUGGGAAGCAUUUUGCAGGCAGCUCUGUCCAUAUUUGGCAUGAUCAGUGGACCUCUUCUUGGUCUUUACCUUUUAGGCAUGCUAUUCCGCACAACAAAUUCCAUAGGAGGACUUUCGGGAAUGAUCAUUGGUCUUGUGUUGACUCUGUGGGUGGGGAUUGGAGGCCAGAUUUAUCCAGCAACAGCUGAAAAGACAAAUCCUCUUUAUGUCAGCACUGCGGGCUGCAACAACACUAUGGGCCAAAACUACACAACGACAGCUCCGUGGACCAGUCCUCUGACCUCACAGCCUGAUGUGAGGCCACCUCUGGCAGACUCCUGGUACUCUCUGUCCUACGUCUAUUUAUCUCUCUUGGGGACACUGACCACAAUGGUGUCUGGCCUGCUGGUGAGCAUGAUCACAGGUGGAUGCAAGCAAGAAAAAAUGAACCCUGAUCUGUUUGUGAAGAUGAGUGAUCUGUUCUGCUUCGGCUGCAGUAGUAAAUCAGAGGCAUCAGAAGUCCCAGAAAAGGCUGCAACAGACUUUCAUAUGGAAGCUGACAACCCAACAUUCACAGACUUUGACGUGACGAGUAAAGACGCUGAAAAAGCCACCAAACUGUAAUGAUGCUAUAACGAUAAAUUUUUUGAUACAAUUUUUUUUUUUUUUAACAAAUAAUUGUAACUAUUACCGGUAUGUGCCUAUUUAUGUUGAUAUGAAUUAUGUGUUUCAAACAUGUUGCUUAAAUUAAAAUGCAAAUACUUCAGACUUUACAUGAAGAAAGAACUUAACUAGUCAUAACUAAAAUUAAACUGGAUAUAACUCAAAUUACAAAGCUUGCAUAUGUAUGAUGCUACCCUACUGAGGUGCUUGAACAACA